AUGAGGGAUUUCAGGUGGGACAGAUACAACAAUAAUCGGCCCCGAAGAGACUUUGCUGGGCAAUCAGGGUCUAUUGUUACUCAAGUGGUUGGCACAGUGUUCAGGGAACUAGUGCAUCAGGUCUUGGAAAAGAUUAAGAAUGGGUCAUACUUUAAAUGGCCAAAUAAGAUAGGAGGAGACCCUAUGAAGCGCAAUCAAAACCUUCAUUGUCAAUACCACCAAGAGCGAGGACACACCACAGAAGAUUGCAAAACUUUGUGGAAUCAUCUGGAACAGCUAGUCAGAGAUGGAAAGUUAAAGCAAUUUCUACAUCAGCCUAGUGGGCAAAGCGGCCAGGCGGGAUCCAGAUCUCAAAGAGAUACUUCUUCAAGGCCACCUUUGGGCACAAUUAAUGUCAUCCUCUCUGCUCUAGGAAGGACUGGUUCUCAUCCCUCCAGGGUAAUGUCUGUAACUCCGCUACCUACUGAGGACUCCAAUCCUGAGCUGAAGAAGGCUAAGAUGGAGGUCCGACCAGCGUUAAGUUUCUUGGAUGAGGACAAGGUUGGAACCCUACAGCCACACGAUGAUGCCCUAGUGGUCACCCUUAGGAUUGGAGGGUAUGAUGUGAAGAGGGUGUUGAUAGAUCAGGGAAGCGAGGCAGAAAUCAUGUACCCUGAUUUGUAUAAUGGGCUAAACUUGAAACCUGAGGAUUUGACAAGUUAUGAUUCACCCUUGUUAGGCUUCGACGGGAAAGUUAUUGUUCCAAAUGGUCAGAUUUGA